AUGGAAAUAACAAAUACUAAUUUCUGCGAGGAAUUAGAAAACAUUUCGAAAAACCUUAAGCAGUCGUGUUUUGUUGGAUUUGAUGCAGAAUUUACAGCUAUUUUAUCGAGUGAAACAUUUAAACACAGACUGUUUGAUACAAGUGAAGAUAGAUAUAAUCUUAUGAAAAAUGAAGUAAGCAAAAUGAUAAUGACACAAGUAGGUCUUACAAUGUUCCUGUAUGAUAGAGACUUAGAUACUUAUAAGGCUGUUGGAUACACUUUCCACUUGUGUCCUCAAGUAUUUGGAGAUAUAGACCAGUCAUUCAUAUUUCAAGCAUCCACCUUGCGAUUUCUCUGUAAACACAACUUUGAUUUUAAUAAGUUUACAUACAAUGGACUUCCUUAUUUAAGUAAAGCUGAGGAAGCUAUGGUUAGACAGCAAUUAAAGGCUAAACAACUGUUUAACAACUUAACAAGAUCUUUGGAAAUGGAUGAUGAGAGAAAAUUACAGUGUUACUGCUCUGAAGUUUCUAAGUGGUUGGCAAGUAGUGAUGAAGGUACUAUGUAUUUAGAUGUUCAGGAUCCAGUACUUAGGUACAUUGUUCACAACGAGCUUAGGUUGCGCUUUGAUGGUAUCCUCACUACCGAUAGCUUAGGUAAUAGCAAUAAGGUUUUAAUAUACAGGGAUAAAUAUGUAGAGGGAGCCAGUAGUGCACCAAUGCAGAUACUAGAAGGCAAUCUUAUGAGUCAUCUCCUGGGAUUUUCACAGAUAAUAGACUUACUUAUCACCCAUAGAAAACCCUUAAUAGGCCAUAACGUAUACUUAGAUACAAUUUUACUUCAUAACCAGUUCAUAGGUCCCCUCCCAAAUAAAUAUUCCACAUUUAAGAAGAAUAUUAAUGAUGCAUUUCCAUUAAUUUUUGAUACAAAGCAUAUUUCAUAUCAUAUGGGGAAAUGGCUAACCUUUGACGAAGUAUGGAGGACCAAUGGACUUCAAGAUUUAUAUGAAUUCUUUGCUGAGGGAAAGUGUAAGAAGUUGGAACAAGGAGUGAAUUUAAUUAGAUUGAAGACGCCAUUUAAUGUUGAGCAAAGCUUUCACGAAGCCGGCUGGGAUUCCUACUGCUCUGGUUAUUGUUUUAUAAGACUUGGACAUUGGGCGGCGUGUGAGCUCAGGGGCCAUUAUAGGCCUGUAGGGCCAACCGAGAUAUUAUCAGCCCUAGCUCCACAUGCCAAUAAGGUCAAUGUCAUUCGAGGCGCUGUACCAUAUAUGAAUCUCGUUGGUUCAGACCCACCGAAACACCGGCCGAUGCUUCUCUAUAUAAAAUCUAUUAAGGACCGCGUCAUAAAUGUCAGUAAGAAAAACGAGGCUAACACAAGAGACAAGCUGGUGGUCGUCGCCAUCCCGCUGAUACAAGUCACGAUUCUUACGGGUCUCCCUAAAACAGCUGCGCUAAGGAAAGCUAGAGACCGAAUAAAGGGGAGAGAUAUCACUAGCAGGGAAGCAUGCACCUGA